GUAUAAGUUUCAAAAGUUUAAAUGCGUUCCAAUGUAAAUUGUUUAUUUUCUAAAAAGGUUUUUCUUUUAAAAUAAAACUUCUUUUUUAUCAUUUUUAAUUCUCGCAUAGAACUAGAAGAGGGACAAAUGGUAAUUGGAGUUGUGAGUUGAAAGGAUUUUCAAGGGAUUAACUUUGACUGGCGUGUACAUAUCUUCUCAAAAGGCUUUCUUCAAAGAAUAAGACAAUGUUCUUAUACCCAGUGUUGUAUGUUACGAUACUAAAAGCUGUUAUGUUGAAUCAAGUUUUUGCUGAUGAUAUCUGUAACAGCACAUACUCCAGUAGGAUCGGUUUACAGUGCUUUCAUUGUGGACCUGGUUACAAAGCAGUUGGUGACUGUGUCCAAAAUUCUACUCGUGCCAUAUGUGAGAAAUGCCAGGAUGGAACAUAUCAACCAGAAUGUACUGCCUACAACGAAACCGUUCGUUGUAGAAACUGUACAACGUGUGAUGUUUAUAAAGAAAACUGCACUUUAAUAAAAGACGCUGUAUGUGAAACAGAUGGUAGCGGUAUGAGUACUAAACAACUUAUUGCAGUGUUGAUAUUUGGAACAGCAGGUGGACUAUAUGUAGUAAUGCUUUCCUGUUUAGCGAUUGACAAAAUAUAUCGGAGAUUAAAACGUAAUUCAACAGAUGGUCAAACUGGACUUUCACAAGACAAUGCGUAUGACACGGAUCAAAGAAAUAGUUUUACUGUUGAAAAAGUUUCCGACGACAAAUCAAGAAGGACAGCACACAAAGGGUCAUUAAAAAUCUACAGUCAGACCUCAUUAAAUGACUUAAGUGGUCUGCAAAAGGAAGUUAAACCAAUGGAGGGCAUUUUGGACAACGGACACUUCCAGCAAGAUUCUUCGAACAUUUCGGAGAGGUAUUCAAUUAAACGAGAUGAUUAUGGUAUGUCAUACAUCGGUGAUAAUGAUUCAUUUAUUGAUAAAAAGGGUUUUAGAAGCAAAAUAACCUUAAAACCAUUAGAAUCAUUUGAAAACAGUGAAGAUGAAGUUUAUGUUUCCAAAGAAACAACACCACAAAGUCUCUGCCAGAAUAAUAAUUCUGAAUAUGAUGUAGAUGAUUGCCAUAAAACAAAAUCACCGAAAUCCAACGAAACUGAAAGACAAAUAGCUUUGGUAUAUCCAUAUGAUGGAACAAAGAGUAAUGAUUGCAAAGAGGUUGAACAUACAGAUGAUGGAUUACAACUUAGAACAUGGGAAAGGAUUCAGGUAGCUGGAGACUCUUACAAUGUACAAGAGGGCUCAGAAAACAAAAGCCAAGAAAACCAGUUAUGUCCCGGAGCAGAAGACCAAUCAUUAUCUCUCAAGGAUCUCAAUAAGGAUACCCCUGAAGUUCAAAUAGACUGGACAAAAGUUUUCUUAAAGUUAUCAAAAUCGUUUUCUGCAACAUGCUGGAAAUUAUUUGCAUAUGAAUUACUCAGUAAUUGCAAGAAGAUGGCUAGAAGCGUUCAUGAUACAGUUGAUGAAAUUGAGUUAGAAGCAAGGAAUCAGCAUACAGCGGGUUGGGUCAUUCAUGCGUAUUUAAAAGUAUUCAAUAAAUGGCUUAACAAUCUAGGAAACACAAGGGCAACCUUUGAACACAUCAAAAAUGCUGUUACAAGCGCCUUUGAUGCAAAAGAGGAUAUAAAAAUGGUUGAAAAUAUCGAAAGGAACCCCCCAAUGAAAGAGGCAACGCCAAUGUGUUUCCCUAUAGUCCCUUACAAAUUAGACCGAACAAUUGGCAGCAACUUUGCACAUUCUCAACAGGUUAUGACCUUACAUGAUGAUGAAGUACAAGGCAACUCUAAUUGCGCAAGAGGAAUCCUUGUCAGUUCAAGUGAAACUCGUAGUUACGAAUUGGCUCAUUGCCCGUACUGUUCUAGGUAUACUUCAAACGAAAUAUCCAAUCGGGAGGAAACUUUAGUACAAUUAAACAAAGCAAGUAUUGCAACUAAAAACAAUACUUAUGAUACAAGUAUUACCGAGCAAAUAAGAAAACGAAAGGAAGAUCAAUCAACUACUCAGCAAAAUAAACGGAUUGCAUAUGAAAAGUAUAUUAUUGAAAAUGCCAGACAUAAUCUGCUUUCAGAUUCCAUGCCAAUUCGCCAAAAUGAUUAUGACAUGUUUAUGGAUUUUGUUAUAGACCUUAUUUCUAACGAAUGUCAUGUAAGCAAAGAAGGAGUAUUAUCCAUUACAUACGAAGGCUUCUGUAAAGCCCACCAAACAAAAACAAAGGAAAAUGAAACCUUAUAUAUAAUAAAAUCGGGAAAGACAAAUCUUUGUAUUGGAAAAGAGGUAUUCGAGGAUUUAGCUGUUUACGGUAAUGUCGCACGACAAAAGCUGCUAAAACAUUUGGAUGAAAAGAAAAUUGAAUGUGAUAACACCACGUUAUUGUUCAUCAAAUUUGAACAAAUGAAA